AUGAAGACCAGCUUCGUCCUCGCCCUUCUGCCCCUCCUGGCGUUUGCCAACCCCGUCCCUGAGGCGAAGCCCGAGCCCAAGCCUGAGGUCGAGGGUGCGCAGAUCGAGAAACGGGCCACCACCUGCGCCCUCACGGGUAGCGAUGUGAAGUAUCGCCAGCGGCCCACCACCGACUCGCCGGCCGACGGCCAGUUCGGUGCCAAGGGCACCGAGGUGUCCUUCUCUUGCUGGACCACCGGGGAGACCAUCAACGGCAACAACCUCUGGAACAAGAUCGCCUCGGGCACGGGCAAGGGCGACUAUGUCACGGACUAUUACAUCACGAGAGCCUGCUCGGCCAAGAUCCUCACUAAGUGCUGA